CUUCCUUACUUCUCCAUUUAAUCUUUUUUUGGGAACAAUAUACAUAUAUAAUAUAAUGUCUGCCAGAAUUAUUGCUCAAGUGGUUGUGUCAAUAGGCACUGUGGUUGGUCGAGCCUUUUUUGCUGCGUAUAAACAAGCUGCUGCUAAUGCUGCUGCUGGUGGAGGUGCUGCUGCUGCUGCUCGAGGUGGAAAGGAAGGUGUAGUGGAUGCUUUGACUCGAAAGACUGGUAUGUCUAUUGAAGAAGCUUGUCAAAUCUUAAAUGUACAAAAGGAUGUGGAUCUUGCUCAAUUAACAAAGAAUUAUGAUCAUUUAUUCAACUCAAAUGAAGUAUCAAAAGGAGGAUCCUUUUAUUUACAAUCCAAAGUGGUAAGAGCUAAGGAACGAUUGGACCUAGAACGUGCUGAAGAAUUGAAAAAAGCUCAACAACAACAACAAGAAGCUUCCUCAGAAAAUCAAUCUACUCCUCCACCAUCUGCAUAGACUACCUUUUCUUUUUAUUUAUAUAAUAUUUGUAUAGCCCUCAUAUCUUUUCCUUUGUUGAACAAAUCCAUACAGAAUAGAAUUCCCCUCAAAUGACCCAAUAAAAAAAAAUCCGUUUUGACUCUCA